GCUCACACGAGUGGACCAGAGCACUCAGCAUGGCGGCGUUCACUUCUCGAAGACGGAGCAAUCACCUACCGUUUACUGGGGCGAUACGCAAACAACCUUUCCUCUUGUUUGGUUUGCCGUUCCUCACCUUGAUCGUCUUUGCAUCCUUCGGUCUCCAGACGCUUACGCAAACGCGUUAUGAUUACCAGAGGAACAAGACGACAAAGGUAACGAAAGAAGAGGAGUUGCAGAUGAGCAAAAAUAGGAAAAAGGUAGAUAUACGGGAGGAAUAUUUCCGACUACAAGCAGGGGAGAGCAAGAUCGAUCUGGACAAUUGGGAACCUGUUCGUAUACAGCGCCCAGAAGGUACACCAGAGUGGGGUGUACCGCCAUCGGCACCACCGAGCGACCCAGCGAACAAGGAUGCAUCAGGCAAGACAUGAAUACUCAGAGUCAACGGUUUACUUCCAUUCCCAAUCUCAUUUUCGACAUUUGUACCAUCACAUAUAUAGUCACCCUUCCGCCAUUACGUUUCCAGUUAAAGGAAAAACGCUGACAAUGUA